AUGGACAACUCGCCGCAAGCCGUCCUCAGCGCAUACAGUCCGAGUCGGUACUCGCAUCAAGACAGCAUUUGGCAAGACUCCCUAUUCAUCCCUGCCUAUGCAGCUGUUCUUUCGACUGUAACCUUUAUCAUUUCCAUGUUAGCCAGUUCGAGGUCUGCACGAACGCUACGAACUCGGGUUUCGCACAACGGAGAGGCUUCCCAUAACGACCCUCUUCCUCAGGACCAGGAGUGUGCACCUUAUACACAAUCCAAGGUCGCUCGUGAGACAAACUCGUUCAAGCUACUCAUGCUAUUGGGAUAUCUCUCUUUUCUUGGGGUAAAUGCAGCUGUCAACGUCUCGCUUUUGAGUCUCUAUACCCUCGUCAAACGGCCUUCGCAGAGUAGACUCGCAUCUAGACAUCUCUCUGCGGUCCUACUGAUUACCUUUGCUGUCUAUGCGUACCGGUGGCUCUUAUGGGCCAAACUGAUUAACAUUGCCCUUGUCGCUAUUGUUUUUCCUCUGAUCUUUCCUCGCGAUUAUGACCCCAUUGACCCCUCCGAUUCGAGGAAUUCCCGUCCCGAACAGACGGCGUCGUGGCUAUCAACGUUCCUGUCCCUGUGGCUCGACCCGAUCAUUCUGUUAGCUCACAGAAUCGGCCACUUACCACAUCUAUACCGUUCCUCCGGAGACACGCGUAGACAUAUUUUCUUUGGACUCAUGAGAAUAUUUAUAGUGGGCUAUGUAGUCCUCGCUGCGAUGGUAUCACUUCAGGCUGUUUUCUCACUAGCUGCCCGCUUGCCAUCAACAACCUACUCCAAGGCUGGCGGCGCCGAUGCCAUAUAUCGCCCAUGGGUGUGGAUUCUGCUAUUGUUUAUGGGGCCCGUGGUGUCAUCGCUCGCUUUGCAGUGGUACACCUUUAUAGCGACGCGCGUCCUAGUCCGAACCGAAGCUAUCAUCACUCAACUCGUGUUUCGGCAUGCUCUUCGGGCUCGAACGACGGCUGAGCUACCGGAGCAAGAGCAACCCACGCUAACUGGUAUAGAGCCGGACGCAGAAAGCAGUGCCUCCUCAAGUAACAAGGGGAAUUCAACGUCAGCAUCAUCAAGUAUGCCGAACCGGGUGCCAACCCUCAACUCCGGAAAUUUUGUCGGCAAGAUCAACAACCUCGUCAGUACCGACCUUGGCAAUAUCACUGACGGACGCGAUUUUCUCUUGUGUCUGCUCUACGUACCGCUUCAAGUUGGCUUAGGCAUGGUGUUCCUAUACGAUAUUCUUGGCUGGAGGUUAGUAAUCCAGAUCCCUCGUCAGCAUCACUGCGUAUACUUGCUAAAUGUUGGGCCAAAAGGUGCUCUAGUUGGGUUGGUGUUACUCGUAGUGUCAUUGUUUCUCCCAGGCUCCGUCGCCCGAUUGAUGCAACAGACCCAACGAGAGAAGAUGAAGCGGACUGAUGCUCGCGUGCAAACUGUCACCGAAACCAUGAACGUCCUGCGCAUGGUGAACUUCAUCCUCCCACUUCUGGUCAUGUUGGCCACUUAUGCUACAUAUGUAGGAGAAGCCGGCAAUGUCUUUUCUUCGAUGGCAGUUUUUGACCUCAUGGGAAAUCAGCUUCGCGCGAUGCUGAACUUGACUCCGAAGUUAAUCAAGACCGAGUUGCUUGAUAGAUACACGAAUGACGAAGGGGCUCUUUCUGUUGAUGUCACCGACCAGGAUCAAUCUGAUCCCGAGGAGAUUGGCUUCCGUCAUGCCCUGUUUGCCUGGUCGAACGAGGGCGACGAUGAGGCCACUCUGAAUUCGCCUCAGCGCAGGUUCAGUCUUUCGAUUGAAAAUGAGCUACUUUUUGAGCGUGGGCACAUCAACCUGAUUGUCGGCCCCACAGGCUCGGGGAAAACCUCCAUGUUGAUGGCUUUAUUGGGCGAGAUGCAUUUCAUUAAUACUCCGCUUUCUUGGUUCAACCUUUCACGCAAAGGUGGUGUGGCUUAUGCUGCGCAAGAACCAUGGAAACAGAAUGCAACGAUUAAGGAUAAUAUCUUGCUCGGAGCGCCUUACAAUGAAACUCGGUACCACAAAGUCCUGUUUCAGUGCGCUCUUGUGCGUGACCUCGCUUUGUUUGAUGCUGGAGAUCAGACCGAGGUUGGAGAGAGGGGCCUCACCCUAAGCGGCGGUCAGAAAGCUCGCGUCAGCUUGGCUCGCGCGGUAUACUCUUCCGCAGAAAUUAUUCUUUUGGACGAUGUCCUCGCUGCAUUGGAUACCCACACUGCGAAGUGGGUUGUGAACGAGUGCUUGGGUGGAGAUCUCGUAAACGGCCGAACUGUUAUCCUUGUGACCCAUAACAUUGCGUUGGCGGGAAUGAUCGCUCACUUUGUAGUUUCUUUGGGUCCCGAUGGGCGUAUCGUCAGUCGGGGGACCAUGGAUGAUGCUAUCGCUGUUAACGACGCCGUCGCUGAUGACAUGACCAAAGGGGUCGAGAGGAUAGCGAAUGAGGAUGAAGUGGUCGACGACAGAGCUGAAGAAGUCACGAUCGGAAACAAGGCCGAUGGGAAGUUGAUUGUGGCCGAAGAAAUCGUCAAGGGUCAUAUGAGCUGGGCUGCUUUCAAGCUGUUCCUAACUAGCCUAGGUGGCCAGUAUCCGUUUCUCUUCUGGACCCUUUUUAUCACUUUCAUGGGUGCGACGGAAGCGUGCAACGCUGCUCAACCAUGGUUCUUGGGCAAGUGGACUGCGCAGUACCAGCUUCACCCACCAUCAGAAGUCAACGUUGGCUUCUAUCUGACUGGCUACACUCUGGUUUUGCUGGGCUCCACCAUUUUCUUUACAGUUUCAUGGGCCUUUUACUGGAAUGGAAGUAUGAAGGCGUGUAGGACGGUUCACCAAAGGCUGGUUUCCGCUGUGCUUGGAACGACGUUCCGGUGGCUCGACACGACACCCAUAUCUCGCGUUAUCACGUGCUGCACGCAAGACAUCCGAGCCUCUGACGGUCCAUUUGCUGAAGGCAUAGGAUGGCUGACGAAUGUCACAAUGACGAUUCUUGUGCGAUUGGGUGCGGUAGUGGUUCUUUCGCCUAUUUUCUUGAUGUACAUGCUGGCCCAGGUUUCGGUGAAGCGAGAGAUGAGCAAUGCCAAAGCCCCGGUGAUGGGGCAGUUUGACGCUGCUAUCGCUGGUCUUGCUUCUGUUCGCGCUUAUGGGGUUGAGGAAGCAUUCGAAAAUAAAAACCUUCCUUUAUCAUGUUCUAGAUGGGUCUGCGUUCGUGUAAACAUCCUCGGAGCACUUUUCUCCUCUGCUUUGGCUGCUUACCUUGUUUACGGACGUCAAGACAUGCAGGCUUCGGACAUUGGGUUUUCUUUGAAUAUGGCAGUCGGUUUCAGCUCACUAAUACUUGCGUGGGUACGUAUCAUGAAUGGGGCGGAAGUCAGUGGUAUCAGCCUCGAGCGCAUAGAGGGGUAUCUCCGCAUCGAACAAGAGCCAAAACCAACAGAUUCCGGCAAGCCUCCUGCAUACUGGCCUUCGAGUGGAGACCUUCAUGUCGAAGGUCUAUCUGCUAGCUACUCUGCCAAUGGUCCUCAAGCUCUGAAGAAUGUCAACUUCCAUAUCAAGUCUGGAGAACGUAUUGAAGUAGUUGGAAGGACCGGAAGUGGCAAGACCACCCUCACGCUGUCAAUCCUGCGCUGCAUAUUCACGGAGGGACAAGUUUGUUUCGACAAUAUCCCUACGAACAGUGUCAACCUAGACGCCCUUCGAUCCAAUAUCACAAUUAUACCCCAAGCUCCCGAGCUGCUGAGCGGUACCCUUCGUCAAGACCUUGAUCCUUUCGAUGAGCACGACGAUGCCACACUCAACGAUGCUCUACGCUCUUCUGGCCUUUACGCUAAUCAUGACCAAUCUGAAUGCGAGCUCUCACUUGACAAAUUGAUUGCAAGCGGCGGUAGAAACUUAUCUGUUGGACAGCGACAAAGUAUUGCCUUAGCGAGGGCCGCUAUCCGCAGCAGCAAGCUACUAAUAUUUGAUGAAGAUUACAAGACCGAGUCUGUGAUUCAGACGUCUCUCAGGAAGAAAGCCCUGAGAGGAGUCACUCAGAUCAUCAUAGCCCAUCGCAUGAUGUCUAUGAUUGAUGCAGAUAAGAUUAUGGUUUUGGAUGCUGGCUACCUUGUCGAAUUCGGUAGUCCGUGGGAGCUUCUACAGAGUGAACAGGGUACAUUUCGCGCCCGCGUGGACGAGAGUAAGGACAAGGUUCCCCUUUACGAUGCUGCCAGAGAAGCCAGCAAAGGCGCAUGGUCUUCAUAG